AUGAACUUUUGCCAAUCAUCGAGGGGAUACUUUUGCUGCGCGAUGCACCUGAGCCCGUUGCAGUCACGGUUGGCGGCUUCGGUUGCUGCGUCUUGCUUGUUGGUUUUGUUGUAUUUGAGCCUCUUUUCGCCGCACUUUGCCGUUGCCGAGCUCGACCGGCCGCCGCGGCUGUUACCGAUUGUAUUCGAUGACGACCUCGAUUUUACGCCCAACCUCCCGGCGGGCGGGCCGAUGGUUCGACAGGAGCAUCAUUGGACGGGCAGCGGACGGGUUGUUGAAGCUGGAGAACACGGACCCUACGCCUAUGGACUUGGAGGAGGGCAGCACGACGAGGUUUUGGUUUCCUUUGGCGGUUCUUGCUGGGCGGGAAGGGGGGAGUUGGAGUUGAGAGGUGAGGGUGAAGGUGAACAAGAAGAGGAGGGGCUGUUGGGAGAGAGGCAGGCUUCCAGCAGGACGAUCUACAUCUCGGUCAACACUUGCAAACAACCGACUGCUAUCGAACCGGACAAGACGAAAGAGAUGGAACCGCCGCAGUUGACGCUUUUUGUGUCAAAGUCGGCCGAGUAUCAGGCUCCCGGACCGUUGGCGGACAUGUCGACUCAGCAUAUGUUGCCGUUUGUGGAGGGGGCUGUCAAUUUCAACUUCACGGCCACGGAGGAUGUUUACAUUGCGGUUCACGCGCCGAACGUGUCGGAUGUUUUUGAGGGGAAAUACAACUUUGAGAUUGCGGUCUCGGGUGAGGGGUAUUACUUUGCGUAUAACGAUCAGGAUGACGCGGAUCUCAUCUGGGUGGAUAGUGACUCCCAGGGGGCCCUGCUGAUCACGCACAACUUGACGACGGAGAGGGAUCCGGAGGUGCAGGAGAAGAUUAUGAGCAUGGAGCCGUAUCCGUAUGUGCUUUUUGCGCAUAAUAAGACGGAUAGGGGGUUGGAUGGGUUGAAGCGUUCGUGGUGUGGGCUGAAGCUGAAUGCGAUGAUUGCGGGGGUGAGGGGGGGGAGGGAGGAGGGGAAAGUGAGGAGUAGUAUGACGAGACGGGGGAUGGGGGGGUUGCCGAAGCAGCAGUUUUUCUUUAAUGGGUUGUGGGCCGAUACGAACUAUACGGCUUUUUUGGCGAGGGAGAGGAAGGGGGGGGGGUUGGGUUUGGGGAAGAGGCAGGAAGGGGGGGAGGACCAGGGGGGAGGCGGGGGGGUGGAGGUGUUCAAGCCGGUUGAUUUUACGACUAAGUCGGAUCACGGCAACUGCGCCCUCAUCACCGACCUCGAAUUCUGCAACGAGGUAGCUUACUCCGUCCCUUCCAACCCGUCGUUUGGCAACUCGACCCAGCUCGCCAGAUUCUACGACGACCACGCGGCCAAGCUCUACGUCAACUUUAACCUCACCCUCCAGCAGAUCCAGUGCGAAGCUGGGCCCACACAGCGGUACUCCCUCGUCAGGACCUGCGACGACUGCGCCAAUGCCUACAAGAACUGGCUCUGCUCCGUCACCAUCCCUCGCUGCGAAGACUUUGGCAACAGCGCCCCUUAUCUGCAAGCCAGGGCGAUAUCCCAGCCGUUCCCGGACGGGGAGAUGCUAAGUAAGGAGGAGUUGGAGAGCAUGCCGAACAUUACACGGUUCAACUCGAGUCGGAACACGAGGAUAGACGAGGAGAUUAGGCCGGGGCCGUAUAAAGAGUUGCUGCCGUGUGAGGACUUGUGUUAUGAUUUGGUGAGGAGCUGUCCGGCGAGUAUGGGGUUUGGGUGUCCCCAGCCUGGGGGGCUGGGGUUUGAGGGGAAUUAUGGGCAGAGGAGGGAGAAUGGGGAGUUGGUUUGUAAUUUCCAGGGGAGUGCGCAUAUUCCUUCUGGGGAGGGUAAGGUGCUUGUACGUUGGGGGGUGUUGGCUGCGGUGGUGGGGAUGGGGGUGGCUUGGGGGGUUUGA